AUGAGCGAAGACAAUUACUUUAGCUCACCAGAGCUGUCCCAAACUUCACAAGAGAAGAUAAGGCAAAUUGUGAAGCAGAAUUCGAGCUUGUCAAAGCAACAUACUCAAGAGUUAGAAACUGUGCUAACAUCAGCAACACUUCGUCUCAAAGACGAAAUCCAACAGACAAGCUUCCUUGAACAUGUUCAGAGGCUACAGGGCUACCACACCAUUCAAAUCCUCAAUGUGGUUGUUGUUCCUUUUGCGACUUUAGAAGAAGAACCUUCGGCCGCCUUUCUGGAAGAGGUGAAUAGGCUUGUUGACAUCUGUUUAUCCUUUUGCUACACCAGUAACGAGUCACAACGACUUUCUUUUGAUUACUACAUGAAAGCUUUGAAAUUCUGUUUUCCAACGGAUCUAAAAGUAUGCUCGCCAACUGACAUUCUUAAAAGCCUUCUGACACUUGUUCAGAUUUGUCUGGAUGGGAAGUUUGUUGAAUUAGGAGAGGUCAAAGAAGAGACCAACUUUACUCUACAAAGCUAUGGAACCAACUACUUGUUUGAAAAACUCCUCAAGAUAUUUGAAUCGCGGCGAAAUGAUGAAUCCCUUGUGGAAAUCGUUGACGAAACGAUAAGGUUAGCCUCUCUAGACGCAAAAAUAAAAAACGUUCAGCAGUAUAUCAUUGGAAAAUUCACUUUGCAAAGUGAACAUAUAGUAUCCCCAGUAUUCUUAUUAAACUGGAUGAAACUACUGGAGUUGCCGAAUGUAUCUAGUAGCUUUGCACUCUCAUCAGUCAAGGCCGACGAUCCUCGUUGUACAGAAAUUUUUGGGGGUGUCUUGGUUCAAUCAAGGAGCCUUAAAUACGAGUCCACAUUUUUAUUUUGUUUAAACGUUUUUGAGGAGAUGCUAAGAAACGGUAUUGAAAUAAACAUCCCCCAUGAUAAAGAAAGGCUGGAAAUUUUCUUUGACUAUUUCAAGUACUUUUGUUCCUUUCCUAAUUUCACAGCGACAUCACUAAGGCUGCUGGCAGCGACGAACAUCAACAAUGGCAUCCUAAGAGAGGUCUUUGAUCAGUUCUUUAGCAUUGAUGGAGGGUAUGCUCCACAGAAGGCAGAAGCUUUUGAUCUUGUAUUUAAAGUGUUGUCACUAUUUCCAAACGGUGAGCUGCUUAAAAGAGUUUUGAAUUUGUGGAGAGAAACAUUUUCUAAUAUUCCCGUCUAUCAAAAUCUCGCUUGUUUAUUGACAUUCUUUGUGGAAGAAUCGAACAGCGAGUCAGCAGGGAGAAUAUUAGACUUCUUAGAAUGGCUUCCUUGUCCUUUGCUCUCUUUGAUAUCGUUGUGGCAAGAGCUCCUCAUCUGUUUCAUUAAACUCUUUCCCUCUACGUUUCAAAGGCGUCCAGAAGUACUAGUGUUUAUUCACAAAACCGCACGGCUGGCGGCGCGAGUCCCUGCUCAACAUCGUCAAGCUUACAUGCACUACGAACAGCUUCCUACCCUAAAGGCAUUAGAAUGGCUUUCACAACAGAACGGCGCAGCGGAAUUGAGAACAGAUAUGAUUUGGCUUCUCAUGUGCUCCAGAGACCGACCAAUGGGUUUCAUCAAGGAGUUUGACAUUGGGGUUAUUAAGACUUUAAGCAUGUGCCCUUGUUUACCAUCUAGUACCAAGAAGCAUGUUUGUAAUGAAUUGACAAACUUGGCCCCCUUCGUAAGUGAUUCGGAUAGAAUGUAUCUCAUCAAAUUCAUCGGAGAGGUAACAUCUAGUCAAAGUCUCGAUUCCAUGGAUAAGAUCCUACUUAAAUUUCUCGAUUUUAUCAAGCGUUACGUUGACAGGCAAAGGACGAAGAAUUAUAUUCCUGUCCAUAUUUUGACACAGUUGUCUUCUCUCUCUAAAUUGCCACUUUCUGGAGCAAGAAAGAAGAAAUUGAUGCAAAUGUUAACAAAGUCUGGAAAAGGAAAUCUCAAUGGAACAAGUAUUUUGAGCAUACUUAAGAACCAUCAAUGUACCCUCGAAGAAAGAACAAAUGAGUACUGUGAUGUCCUAUUUUCCAUUGUUACAGAGACCCUAGAAGAAAGGCACGAUCUAUGUAAACAGCUUGAGAAUGGUGUUAUCGGCUAUAAUUUUCUCAAUACCGAAGUUCUGAAGGUGUGGACCUUUGUGACUGCCGCAUUGAUAAUUGGUGGCUUUUACAAACAUGAGGUUGAUUCGCAUUGCUGCCGGUAUGUUCUUGCACAUGCUUGGGGAUUUGAUUUUCCAUUCGAAAUUUUGGGACUUCUAUCUUAUGUCAGGUCAACAGCUGUUAGACUUGCCCAUCUGCCAAAAGUCAGAGCAGAAGAUCAGAGAAUCUCGCAAGAUAAUUCUGUAGGAGAAUUAGAUCUUCUACAAAGCUAUUCUACAAUCGUCAGGACUGUCGUGGCUGCAGAAAUACUAUCACCCUCUGAGAAAACAAUUUUGGUGAAGGGUAUUAGUGACGUUGUUCUGAGAAACCCAGAAACCUUAUCAGCAACAAACAUAGAAGGUGCGUUAUACAAUUUGUUGCCUUUUUCUGGGUGGCGAGGCAAUACUUCGAGCAUUGGAGCCAUACACUUGGAUUUUCGUUGCAUUGUUUCCUUGUUCAAUAAUUCCGAGGUCCUUAAUCAACUGUCUAGAAUUCCAUUAGACGAGAAAAGUGGAUCACUCUGUUGGGUUCUUUCCACAAAGAUGUUGGAACCAUCCUCAAAAAGAAAUUUUAUGAACAUCUUUAAUGUCAUUUGCUCGCAGCAAGAUUUAGAUCAAGCAUUCUUUCAACGGUUGGUGCCUUUUCUUAAUGUGGUCUCUCGGAACUCUAAGUCACUAGAAGAUGUUUCGGAAUCUCUCGAAGAGUUAUUGGAAGUCCUGCGCAUUAUUCCCUCUAAAAUGAUUCCUCUCAUGAUGCUCAACUUUGACCAUCUGCAUGAGAAUCACGUGCCCAAAGAUGAGAGGAAACAAUUUCUGAUUGAAGUUGGAAAGAGAUGGAAACUGACACUCGACCAUCUUGUUCUUUCUUACUUGGAGGUUCCACGAAUCCUUUGGAAAGCGUUCAGCACUACCAGUACCCCGGCAAAGAGAUACCAAUUAAUGGAUCGUGUGGAAAUCAUCCUCAGAGAAAACAGUGCUUUGGAGAUAUUAGCAGAGACCCACCGACUGCUUUUUGAAACGCCAGCGGUUCACAUGAAAAGACGGAUCGCAUGUUGCGAACUGGAGUGGCUCGUUUUCCAUCCCUCAGUCUCUGAUGAAGAGGCGGCUUUUGCAUUUGCACUAAGCUGCACAGCCUUAAAUAUGUUAUCUUGUCCUCUUAGAUGUUUUACGUUUUCUGAUGUGCGUAUUGAAGAUGGAUUCUUUAAGUUUGUAUCUGGAGAGAAUAUGGUAACACCAGACUGUCAUGGGAAGGACAUGGGAACAACGCUGAACAUUGCCGUGAGUACUCAAGCAAAUAAUCGUUCAACCACAGAGAAAAAAGAUCCUAUUUUCACACCAGUUUUGAUAGCCAUCAAGAUUAUUUGUCACUUGAAACGGUUACUGGGACAAAAAAGUGAUCCUUCAGAAAAUGCCGUGGACAUUUGGAAGCUUGUUUUUAAUCAGCCGACCUCAUAUUGUCCGGAGAAGGGAUGUGCUUCUAGUUUACCUUUUAUCGAUGAUUACGUGGGUGUUAUCCUGUCAAUUCUCGCAGAGGCAUCAUCUAUAGAAAUGGUUUUGCAUUGGGGAAAACUGAAUCAGCACCAUGCAAUUCAGUGCUCCGAGGCCAUUUUGAAAGCGUGCAAGUGGACUUGCAACGGAGAUGAUAUCGACGAGGCCGCUCUCUUCGAGUUGCAAACUGUACUUAGUACAACACUGGAAAGCAAAAGAAAAAAAACGCCGCCAACAGCGUCUUUCCCUUCAUUUGGAUGUGUGUUUUCAGCUUCAUGUUUUCGACCUCUUGAGCCACAGUUGAAAGAGUUGAGUUUUAUUCUUGAGAGGGGAUUGCCUUUUGAAGUAACCAAAUGUGUGCUUAACCUUUACGAAAGCAAUGAGCGAGCCGCAGUUUCAAUAAGGGAAAUCGUCUCUACGUGGUCAAGCAAGCAGCAGUCGAUUAAACUUGUGGAGAGCAUUGAAUCACUUUGUAAAGGAGAAGAAAUAUCUUCCUUAAGCCCUGCGCAAUGUGACUUUGUUUGGCAGCUAUUGACAUCAUUUGGUCGCGUUUGCAUGAAUUCCUGUGAGGAUCUUGUCACCAAGCUCAAGGAAUUGACUCUGCUAUACGAUCCGGAAGAUUGUUACGGCCUUAACCGCUUGUCCAAAUGGAGAAAGGCCAUGAUAUCUGACGGCUUCCCAGCGCGGGUGAUAAACGAUUGGUGUGUAGCAUUCUUGACGACGCCGUUGGAAGAUUUGACAUCACGCGAUGUCGAUGCGAUUGUUGACCUCAGUUCUCGCUCCUUGCAGCUCGUUGCAUCUGCGUCACAAGUCAUUGCCCAAACCCUCUUUCCAGAAGGAGGCUUUGAAGUAAAAAACGGAGAGGGUAUCAAACAAGGGAAGAUCAAAGAACGCGUUCGAUUGGCUCGGUUGCUUGGCGAGUUCAUAAACAUACUGAGAGGUCGAAAGCCCGAAGAAAACUCUAAAGAUGCUGUCGUCAGAGAUAUAGUUUUGGACGCCUGUAGUGAGCUUUGCAGGAGCCAUGAGGAUAGAGACACAAAAAGAAACGAUCUCUACAAAAUCCAUGGCCUGAAGCUGAAGUCUCUCUUCACAGAAAUCUUUGGAAAACGACGCAGUAGGGAAGAUGGGAAAGAAAUUAUUCAAGAUAGUGUCUUAAUGCCCCAUAUACGCGAAGGAGAACUCAAAGUAGUAAAAUUUGUUUCGAGGCAGACAUCUUACCUCCAUGAAAACCUUCCAUUUGUUCUAAGUCAUAAAGACUUGUAUGCACCAAUGUUAAUGUUGUUACGGCGAUGGCUAUCUUCGAUCGUCACUAAACCAGUCCUUGCCUCUCACACUCUGGAAAUUGUUGAGACAUUGUUUUCAGACCACCCGUCAGACAGCAAUUCUUCAUUUCUGGAGCAAGUACAUAGUAAAAUUCAAGAACGCAUUUUAUCCCUCUCAAAAAAUCAAUCUCUCAUGGCUCAGUUUCAAGCUGCUGGAUACAACCAAGAAAGGAAAGCUGAGCUAGAUCUGUGGUCCUCACCUGCAGUUGAGCUGCCUUGUUACCUCAGUAGGCGCGAGUCACCGAGUGAAAGAUUACACACCAAGAAAUUAACAGGAGUUCUUAGACGUCUUUGGUAUGAAUGGAAGGAUAUCCUCUUUAUGUACCUUGUUCCCUCCGUUGAAGUUGGCGGGAAGGAGGUUUGUACGAAAGAUCUUUUUGGUUUCCAGGAUUCUUUGAAAGAGAUGGAAGAACAGGUUGUUGCUGUAAAGGCAAAAGUAGAACAAAUUAAUUCUGUUGGUGUGAAAUCAGAAGACUUAGAAAGGCGAGUGAAGAGAUUGAUACGCCUGGAGCAGCAACACCGCAAGCGGAUUGAAAAAAUUUACAAGACUUCUAGCAAUAGGGUAAGCAGCAGAGGUCUCUUACAUCACGCCAUACAAUUUUUUCAUGCUUUUGCACCUGAAAAUUUGCCUUCUAUGCCUGCAUUAGCCAUUAAAGAAUUCUUUAACAUUUUCACUCUUUGCAAGAUCCGCUAAACUUUUGGAAAAAUUCGUUACUGAUGCGCAGCUUUUUGUCAAUACUCUUUAACCAGACUCCUGAAGCAUCAGAAGAAAGGAAGAAAUUUGUUGCAGUCUGGGAAAAUCGAUUCCUGGAGCAGGUGAAGCUCUGCUCGGAGAAAAUUCCAGGUAAUUCAAAGGAUUGUCAGAGGCAAGUCAAGAAAGCUAAGCUAAUUGUUAAAGAGGCUCCAAGGUCUUCCACAAGUCUUUUUUCUUUUUUUUUUUUAACAUCAUUUGUAUACAUGAUAAAAGCACCUCGUUUAUCUUAUUAAUAGCUGAAUUGGGACAUCAUCAAAAUAAAAUCUAGCGUGGCGAUCAUUUAGCAUAGCGACAGCUGACAAAUUCUAGAUUCGAAAUCUAACAGCUCCGGUUUGCUACAUCAGAAGUUGCUAAUGUCAAAAUGUGAAAAGUAAAAAUAGGAAAAGCGAAUAGAGUGAAUUUCAUGAGUUAAUGUAAUGGAUAUAUUUUUGUUAAUUACUCUCAGUAGUGGUACCUUGAUUCACUGACUAUCUAAAGUGAGGUGAUAGAUAAAGUGGAACUUUUUUUAGCGUUUAGGUUACCUUUUCUACCGUUUCAAUUUGUAGGUUGUUACGCUCCCAAUGGUUUCCAUUCUGAAAAACCUGUAAUUUGUGCUCUAUCCGUGGACAACAGGAUCUUGACUGUGUUCAAAGAGGAAAAAGACCGCAGAGAGGAAAUCGAGAAUGUUGAGGUGAAACUCUUCGAAGCUGGUAUGUACGUGUACGGACUGUUUACAAAUGGACAUGAUUACGUCACCGACGAACUGUGGGCUGCGUUUUACAAGAUGCUGCUAGAAAAGAGACUGGUGCCAAGAAUUUUGUUGUCCAAUGAAAGUCCAGGGUUCGACUGGAUCAAGUUGAAGAAAUACACAGAACCUUGUAAGGAAACGGGAAAAGUGUAUUGCAUUUGUUCUAAGCUAUGGCUUAUUUAUGGUUAACAGCCUUUACAUUAUUAAAUGAUAUAUCAUCUUUGGCAAGCCGCCUUGAACGAGAAGUCCAAGCCUUUUACUCUCUCACUAAACCCGAUUUUUGGAAUAAGAAAAGGAAGAAGUCCUUUCUGUUCAUCUUCACAAAUCACUUCCCUUAUCCCUGCUACUAACUUUUAACUCGUUCAUAGUUUUUACCAUAAGGAAUCUAUCUUUCACUCUGCCAUAAGAGAGGCGGAAAUGGAGGCUUUACUGAGCCAGUUGUGCUCUACGCUGUGCAUUAAGAGUCCGAGAGAGACAGUUGUGAUACAACAAUUUUCCUCUAUCCUAGCUCCCUUUCCCCUUUGAUACCUCAUUCAUUGAAAAAGGGAAACCGAGCGUUUUUUUCUAUCUUAAUUUUUUUUUCAGCAACAACUCAUCCCUGUCCCUGGAAGUGGGAGUUACAUACCGGUAUUGUUCCCCUAGAGGAAGAUUAUUUUGAAUACUCACCGAUAGGCGCGGCCCUGUGGCCUUCCCUGCAAGGGCUACAGGGGUUGAGAGAAUUUCUCAUCUUAACCAUUGAGAACGUUUCUGGAUUUCACUUCAGUGAUUUGAAGGUAAAUGUCUUAUAUACCUCUUAUUAAUAGUCGAUCGAAAAUGAAAAAUCGAAAACUAAAAUUUCCGCCAUGUAAUAUAUCUUGAAAAGAAUAUAUACCAUUUAGAAUGAUUUGAGUUUGUAUGAUCUUUCAAGACAUCAAGAUAUCUCUUGGUAUCUGACAGUGGCUAAAAUCAAACUUGAAGCAUAUUAGAGAAUAGAAAGGAUACUUGAAACAAUUGAGUAUUUUCAGUAAAAGAGGCAGAUAAGAGAGAUUACGAGGCCAAAAGGAGAAGACACAUUUUAUCACUUCCAAUCACCGAACAAAGAGAGACACGAGACAAACUACCUGCUCUAUAUUAUCUAGUAUUUAAUAAUAUUUAAACUCGAAAUUAUUUUUAGCCAGCGAAGUGUGUUUUCUUUGUUCUUUGUUCUUUUUCGUCGAAACUAUUUGCAUUUUAAAGAGGGCUAUUACGCUUCCAGUAGUUGAAAGAAAAAAAAUGUGUGCAAAAAAUACAGUACAUAAUGAGUGUUUCUAAUUUUUUAAAUAAACCUCAUUUCACCUGCGUAUCAAAAUCAAAUGAAGCUAUGAUCCUUGUAGGUGAGGUGCCAUUUAAACAAUCCCCCACCCGAAAAAAAGAAAAAAAAGAAAAAAAAAGAAAAAUGGACUAAG